GCCUUACGUAUAACGACUUUUGUUGCUUCCCGGAUACAUAGACUUCACUGCAGAAGAAGUUGAUUUAACGUCCCCGCUCACUAAGAAGAUCAACUUGAAAUCACCCCUGGUUUCUACGCCCAUGGACACCGUGACCGAGGCGGACAUGGCCAUUUCUAUGGCCUUAUGCGGCGGUAUAGGCAUCAUUCAUCACAACUGCACACCUGACUACCAAGCCAAUGAGGUACACAAAGUUAAAAAGUACAAACAUGGCUUCAUCAGAGACCCGGUUUGUAUGGGGGCCGAGAACACUGUGGCCGAUGUCCUGGAGGCUAAGAAGAAGAAUGGAUUUACAGGCUAUCCUAUUACAGAGAAUGGUAAACUAGGUGGCCGACUUAUUGGCAUUGUCACAUCUAGAGACAUUGAUUUCAGGGAGGGAUCGCCACAACUCAGUCUGAAGGAAGUGAUGACGCCUAUACAAGAUAUGAUUACGGCACAGUCAGGAGUCACCCUUCAAGAUGCUAAUUACAUUCUGGAGAAGAGCAAAAAAGGAAAGUUACCUAUUAUUAAUGGAGAUGGUGAGCUUGUAGCGCUCAUUGCAAGAACAGACUUAAAGAAAGCUCGCAGCUAUCCAAACGCUUCAAAAGACUCCAAUAAACAACUGCUGGUGGGAGCUGCUAUUGGUACUAGAGAAGCUGAUAAGAGCCGCCUCCAACUAUUAGUUAACAAUGGGGUAGACGUCAUUGUGCUAGAUUCAUCACAAGGAAACUCAAUAUAUCAAAUAGAGAUGAUAAAAUUCAUUAAGAAAACUUAUCCCAACAUCCAAGUUGUAGGAGGGAAUGUUGUUACCAGAAUGCAGGCAAGAAAUCUUAUUGAUGCUGGAGUUGAUGCUCUAAGGGUUGGAAUGGGAAGUGGUUCUAUUUGCAUAACACAGGAGGUGAUGGCAUGCGGAUGCCCUCAAGCUACAGCUGUAUACCAAGUUGCAUCUUAUGCGAAACAAUUCAAUGUGCCAGUUAUAGCUGAUGGAGGCAUCCAGUCAGUUGGGCACAUCAUAAAAUCCCUCGCCUUAGGAGCAUCAACAGUAAUGAUGGGCUCUCUGCUAGCUGGCACAUCUGAAGCACCCGGAGAAUACUUCUUCUCAGAUGGAGUGAGGCUGAAGAAAUACAGAGGAAUGGGCAGCUUGGAAGCUAUGGAAAAUAAGGAUGGUAAAGGAUCAGCGAUGAGUCGCUACUUCCACAAAGAAUCUGAUAAACACAGAGUCGCCCAGGGAGUGAGUGGCAGCAUAGUCGACAAAGGGUCGGUGCUUCGUUUCCUGCCAUACCUUCAAGCUGGCAUGCAGCACAGUUGCCAGGAUCUUGGUGCACGCUCUGUUGCCAAAUUACGUGAAAUGAGUUAUUCUGGAGAUCUGCGAUUUAUGAAGAGGACAUAUUCUGCUCAACUUGAGGGCAAUGUACAUGGUCUAUUCUCAUAUGAAAACGGUUAUUUUAGUAUAAAUGGAAUAUUUUAAAACUUUAAAUUGUAUCCUUAUUUGACGUAAAAAAGAUUUGUAAGUAAUGUUAAUGGAAUCUGCUUUAUUUGUAUAUUGGUCUUUGAGACUAAGAGUAAAGGAAAUUAUUAUAAGGAGA